GGAAAAAAAAUGAUUUGAACGGUCGGUCAUCCAACUCGGAAUUCGAUCUCGGGAACUCUGGUCUCUUUCUUGAGCUCCAACUUUCCGACCUGAAGAUCACUGACGUCAUGAUAUGACCUUGUAUUGUUCCGAGUUGCCAGUUGUUUUGAAAGCGGCACGAGGGCUGAGCAGGAUGAAACACCACAGAAAUCACCUGCUGGUGACACCAGGAAGUUUCCGCGCACGCGUUGUCUGCAGGGAGAAGCCAGCUGAUCUGCGGCCACCACACAAAGCUACAACUAGCCUAGCAUGGUAGACUUUGAAAAACAUAUAGCUAUAACAUCUUGCGUAUCUAGAAUGUUUCAAACGCAGUUUUACAUUGUUUUUCAAAACAUAACUGAUGGUGAAAUGAACGGCUGAGAUACGAUUCGUUGCAUUUAGUGGAAGCAUGGAAAUGAAAGAGUGGGAUCUCCAGACAGCACCAUGAAGCAGUCAGUGAUAACCUAGGUCCAAGGGAACUCUGAUCUCUAACCAUUACUUUGAUCACCCGUCCUGAGGUGCGUACAUGGGAUUCCCAUCAAUAGCAUGAAAUAUAAGCAUUCCUAUCAACAUCUGCUGGAAAGGUUAAGUGUUAAAGCUGCUGCUGAGGGGGAAGCUGGCCAUGUCACGGGUUCCUACCCCUCCUCCACCAGGGGACAUAUCUACUGGACCUGUGGCAGAGAGCUGGUGUUACACACAGGUGAAAGUAGUCAAGUUCUCCUACAUGUGGACCAUCAACAGCUUCAGUUUCUGUAGAGAGGAGAUGGGGGAGGUCUUAAAGAGUUCCACCUUCUCCUCUGGACCUAACGACAAGAUGAAAUGGUGUCUGAGAGUCAACCCAAAAGGACUGGAUGAUGAAAGCAAAGAUUAUCUGUCGCUGUAUUUACUUCUUGUUAGUUGUCCAAAAAGUGAAGUCAGAGCAAAGUUCAAGUUUUCCUUAUUGAACUCUAAAAGAGAAGAGACUAAAGCUAUGGAAAGCCAAAGAGCCUAUCGGUUUGUCCAGGGGAAGGACUGGGGCUUCAAGAAGUUCAUUAGAAGAGAUUUCCUGCUUGAUGAAGGCAAUGGGUUGUUACCUGAUGACAAGCUCACCCUGUUCUGUGAGGUGAGUGUGGUGCAGGACUCUGUGAGCAUCUCUGGCCAGUCCAACAUGAACAUGCUGAAGGUACCAGAGUGCCAGCUGUCAGAUGACCUGGGGAACCUGUGGCAGUGUUCCCGCUUCACUGACUGUUCCCUCUAUGUGGGGGGGCAGGAGUUCAAGGCACACAAAUCCAUCCUGGCAGCGAGAUCUCCCGUGUUUAGCGCCAUGUUUGAACAUGAGAUGGAGGAGAGUAUAAAGAACCGUGUGGACAUCAGUGAUGUGGAGCCAGACGUGUUUAAGGAGAUGAUGGGAUUCAUCUACACAGGGAAAGCUCCCAACCUGGACAAGAUGGCCGACAACCUGCUGGCAGCUGCUGACAAAUAUGCCUUGGAGCGUUUAAAGGUGAUGUGUGAAGAGGCUCUGUGCACCAGCCUCUCUGUGGAGAACGUGGCUGAUACCCUGAUCCUGGCGGACUUACACAGUGCCGAGCAGCUCAAAGCACAAGCCAUAGAUUUUAUCAACAGGUGCAGCGUCCUCCGACAGCUGGGCUGUAAAGAUGGGAAAAACUGGAAUAGCAAUCAUGCCACGGACAUAAUGGAGACGGCAGGCUGGAAGUCAAUGAUCCAGUCCCACCCUCACUUAGUGGCCGAGGCCUUCAGAGCCUUGGCAUCGGCACAGUGCCCGCCCUUCGGCCUGCCGAGGAAGCGCCUAAAACAGUCCUGACUGCUACAGCAGAGACAGCCCUCUGAUCCAGACACUAGGAGCUGAGACAGCAUGGAGACCCUCCCCCCGAGCAAGGAUGAAAAGAGCUGGGAGGCUGACUCCUACUGGUGGAAAGAAACGUUUGGUUUUGGUCCUCAACUUUUGUCUGCUAUUUUUGUCAUUUCAAAUGGCCUUAAUCUAUCUGCCAUUACUCUGGAGCUGAUCUACUGUGUUCUCCCUAUUUGAUUCUGUGGCUGCCCCGUCCCACAGACCAGGCUGCCCCGUCCCACAGACCAGGCUGCCCCGUCCCACAGACCAGGCUGCCCCGUCCCACAGACCAGGCUGCCCCGUCC